CGUUUGCCGCGGGCGUGAGGGGUGUCCCGGCUUCAGGUCUGACCAGGCAUCACCCCGGGAGAGGCCCGUCGCGAGGCUGCUGUCCGGCCCGGGCGGUUCCCGAGCCUCCCGCCUGCGGCCCCUGGAAGCCCCGGAGCCCGGGCGAGAUGUCAGUGACGUUCGAGGACGUGGCUGUGCUCUUUACGCGGGACGAGUGGAGGAAGCUGGGUCCUUCUCAGAGGAGCUUGUACCAGGACGUGAUGCUGGAGAACUACAGUAACCUGCUCUCGCUGGGGCUCCCGUUUUCCAAACCCAAAGUGAUCUCCCUGUUGCAGCAGGGAGAGGACCCCUGGAAGGUGGAGAGAGACAGUCCCGGAGGCGCCUCUCUAGGUCUAAGCCAGGUAUUGCUGCAGGCACUGGACAUCGUACAGGAGAAAGGAAUAGUGAACUGAGGGGCGAAAGGAUGGGGCAGAAGGGAAUGACAAAUGAGGUAAGCGAACUACCAUAAUGUGCUAAAGUAGUUUUCACAGAAGCAGAUGUUACAGUGAUACUAUGUGAUGGAACACAAAUGCUGUAGAGAUCUUUGCAGGGCAUAGAAAGAAGAAAUGGACACUAACCAGGGUUGCCUGAAAAGACCAGUGACAGGGCCCCCGAGACAGUGAUGCCUGAGCCCUGUUUCGGAAGGGCAACAGGAAUUCUCCAGAGAGUGAGAUGAAUACUUCAAAGAGAGGGAGCGCAUAUGCCAAGGGAAAGGUGGGCGGCAGCAUGACACGUUUGGAGAACACCUGUUAAGUGAUGAGAAGACAUGUUGAAACUUGCGAAGAAGGCAGAGGCCAGAUCUUGUCAUCCUAAAUAGCUUGAAUUUGAUUCUGAAAUUUAUAGAGCCAAUGAACGAUUUUAUGUAAGGGAAAUUGUUCUGGCAAGAAGGUGCAGAGAGUGAAGUAAGGAGGUUGAAGACGGCUGAACAGACUGAAGCCUAGACAUAUGGGCUGUUACAGUAAUUUGAACAAUAAGUAAGGCUCUAAACUCAAGCAGGAACAGUGGAGUGAAGAAUAUGUGGUAAAAUAGGACAUGUUGUUUGCAGUCAAAUAAUUGAGAGAUGUAAGUUGAGAAGAAAGGUAGGUUGACUCGCAGAUUUCUGCCUGGUUACCUGGAUGGAUGGUAGUGCUGUGCACUAAGCAGGCAGUACAGGAGGCGAACAAGUCUGACUUUAUAUGUGUUGAAUUGGUCAUACAGAUCUAAAAGGAAAAUAGGAGCCAGAAGACUAGAAUUCAGCGUAAUUAGAAUAUAUAGUUGGUAGUCAAAACCAUGGUACAUGAGCUUGGCCAGCAGAGUGUACAGGUUAUAAUGAGAAGCAAGGAUCAAACAUUAAUAAAUAGAUAAGGAGUUGGUGAAGGAAAAGAUGAGAGUGGUGUCUCUGAGGCCAAAGGAGAACAGAACCUCAGUGGUGGCAGGUGCCACAAACCACGUACCAGGUAGAGGACGUCAGAAUUGGUGGCUAGAACAUUGGAGACCUUGGCAAGAGCAAUUUCUGUGAAUUGGGGUGAACAGAAGAACAGAUUAUUCUAAGUUAGAUGGAAGAUGAGAACUCUUAGGCUGUUUGAGACUGUUUCAAGAAGUUUAAGUGAAGGGAAGAAAAGGGUUGUUUGUAGAGGGGAGAAGAUGAGUUAGGGAGCAUUUCUGUGUUAAUAACUGAGGCAAUAAUGUAUGAGCGUGAAUUAAAGAAGAGAUCAUUGGGUAGAACAUAUUUUCUGAGAUAUGAAAGAAUUAGACCAUAGAGAGGAACUAACCCUACCUUGGACUGAAGGGGAAAGCCUACAGAAAGGUAAGAAAGCAGGUAAGUUUCUAUUUGAUUUAGAGGUGAAGGAAUUUCUAUCUGCUGACUGAAUUUUCUGUAAAACAGGAGAAAGAUUUCAUUUUUUAAAAUGGUUGGAUCUUUGGGUACUUAAAAAUGUUAAAUUAAUGAGUUUCAGUCUGCUUUGGAGAUUUCUGUAGGAAGUCAUGACUCUGAGUUCACUCAAUACUUUUUCAGGAAGAAAGCUCCACUGUUAUCAACUCUAUAUGUUUGGCAUCUGCAUUACUUUUUGUCUUUUUAAGAAAAAAAUUUGCUGGUAAAUUAAAGUUUAAAAAAUACUUAUUUUAAGAGAGUGAUAAACCUGAAAAGAGACUGGAAGGAAAUGCAGAAGUACAACUGACGUGUGGAGGCGGACGGGCAGGCAUUGACAUGGGGAGGGUCUGUGCACGAGCACGGGGGCGUAAGAGGACGUGACGUGCUCACCGUACUGUUGUAAACGGUGUUUUUUAAGCUUCAUUUUUUCAGUUACUUGUUACUGAAAGUACAUAGAAAUACAAUUGAUUUUUAUAUAUUGAUCUUAUAUCCAGUAACCUUGCUAAAUUGACUUUUUCUAACAGUUUGUUAGUCUUUGGUACUUUCUGCAAACACAAUGAUCAUCUAUAAAUA